AUGGCAGGAAGCGAGAUUCAAGACCCGUUUAACCUUACUUUUCAGACGAGUUCUAUACACUCUGGAUCGAUAUCGUUUGGGAGAUUCGAGAAGGAAGGAUUGUCAUGGGAGAAGAGAUCAUCGUUCUCUCACAAUAGGUAUCUUGAAGAAGUAGACAAGUGCUCUAAACCUGGCUCUGUCACUGAGAUGAAAGCACAUUUCGAGGCUCAUUUCAAGAAGAAAGGUAUCCGGUUUCCGGAUUCUCUUGAGUCUCAUCAGACUUGGGGAGUUCGUCAACCAGAUGAUGAUGCUGUUGAUGCAACUGAAAGUUUCGAGGAUUAUCGAUCUGAUGAUGAGAGUUUCUCUGAUAACACUAGUCAAUCAGACAGCCAUGAACAAGAGAAAUAUGAGGACAGUGAUCGUUGUGGUGUGAGCUAUGAUGAGAUUGUUGUGAAUUCUGAUGAUGUCAUUGAGCUUGAUGAAGAAGGAGGGACGGCUCUUGAUGUUACUUUAGACAAUGAUGAAGUUUCAGAGAUUCCUAAGGAGGAUCAUCCUGAGAUGCCACUAGAGAUUGAGGUUCGAGAUGGAGAUGAAGAAACAGAGUCAAGACUUGAUCAAGAAGUUUUCAAGAAGGCAUCUGAUGUUACUGAAAGACCUCCCACCACCUCCUCUGAUUCUGGAGCUAAGCCUCUGGAAAGCAUUUCUCAUGUUGUGAGUGUGAGUAAAGCUUUUAUAAAGAGUCAUGAUGUAACUCCAAAAGCUGCUUCUAGGAGGACAAAUGGUUCUUCUUUAAGUUCUAAAACCAAUGUAGAUGCCAAGAGCCAAAAGGAUCUGAGACCGAAGAAAACCGUUGAAUCUCAACCUCCAACAUCGAAGAAAACCGAGACUCCAACAAACAGGUGCAACAGUAGUACCUAUUCUUCUAAGUUAGAGAUGAGUGCAAGUGCUUCUGGUUUCCGUUUUAAAAGUAGUGAACGAGCUGAGAAGAGAAAAGAGUACUAUACGAAACUGGAAGAGAAAAUACAUGCUAAAAAAACAGAGACGAACCAGGUUCAGGCCAAAACUCAGCAAAAGGUGGAAACUGAGAUGAAGCAAUUCAGGAAAAGCCUCAAUUUUAAGGCAAAACCAAUGCCUUCUUUCUACAAAACCGGUGCUAAACCGGUUUCUCAUAGCAAGAAUGAGACAUCUAAAGUGGCACCAUCAAGACCACAUACGGCCUCAGGCUCAGUUACGAACAGAGCGGUCACAAGAGUUGGUUAUAAACACGGCUUUGAAGAAAGUAAAACGGUGAAGGUAGUGGUUGGUACUAGAAAACAGAGUGCGGUUAAAUAUUUGGAUAUGCCAAAAGGUAAUCUUUCGGCGGUUGAAACAAAACAAAAGAUUGGUACUAGAAAGAGCGGCAACUAA